AUGACGUCUGGUUGUAGACGCCUGCUAUUGGUCAUCCACUGCAUCUAACUUGCUUCAAGGAAUUAUCGGUUUCUUUGUCAUUCAACUCUCUCCCUUCCCUCUGAAGGCUGCGUGUACAAGCAGCUCUACUUUCUCAACUCUCCAAACUGUUAAGGAGAGAAAAGAUCAAUGUUGAAGUUGUGCGCGCUGCUUCUGCUGGUGAUUACCAGCACACAUGCCAUGCCAACGUGUAGUAAUCCAUCUGAUGGAGCAAUCACCGCUUGUCCUGCAGGAUCACAAUGCUGGGACAUUCAGCAAGUGUCUACUAAGGUGACCUGGUCUUUACACAAUCAGUGUUCACGGUGCACGUUCGCUCAGCAGCAACCAGUCAUUGUUCAAGACACUGAAACGUCAGUGACUUUUGAGACGGAUGGCACAUUUCAAAGAAACGUCGAUCUCAAUAUAUACAAAGUGCCCGACAUGACAGCGAUGCAAAACUGUGACAUUUCUGGUGGUACUGUUGUGGGUCGAGUCUCACCACGUCCUGCUUCAGGAAGCGGAACUCCUCCAUUCUCCCUUGACGUUACCGCCUUAAUUAGCUCUGGAGCAAAUUUCUUUGUCUCAGUGCAUACAAGCGAUACUGACAACAACCCAAUCCCCAGCAAUUGCGAUCAAGGAGCAAGACUGGUCAUAUAUGAAGGCGGCUAUCAAUGCGGAAAUAUCAACUCUCCUUGCAGUGGUGUGGGAGCCUGUGUUUUCAAUCACGUUUCUUCAAACUUUGAAUGCCAGUGUGCUGAUGGAUACAGAAAGAGAACACUAUGUACCACUAACGACAUCGAUGAGUGUUUCCAGAACAAUGCAUGUGGAGAUCCCGCAUUUGAAGGUGUCUGUGUCGAUGAAGUCUGUGGUUUCACUUGUACUUGCUUUGGUGGUCGUACAAGCUCAGCUGGAAAUGGCAGGUCAUGUGAUGUUCCUCCUCCAAACUGUAAUAUUAACCCUUGUUUCAAUGGUGGCACCUGUAAUUUCCUCAGCGGCCUUGGACGAGUAUUUUGUGAAUGUCUAGAUGACACAGUUCAACAAGCGCGUUUUUGUGCAGAUCAAAACCAAUGUGAGUCCAAUCCGUGUCACAAUGGUGGUACCUGUGUGGAUGGCCAUCUCGGCUACACAUGCUUGUGUGCUGCUGGUUUCACUGGUGAUGUCUGUUCAGUCAAUAUUAAUGACUGUACUCUGUCUACGUGUCUAAACAAUGGCCAGUGUAAUGAUGGUACGAGAGAUGCUACAUGCACAUCGUGUUCAAGCAGCUGGACAGGCAAAUUUUGCCAGAUCAAUGAAAACGAUUGCCUAACUUCAACCUGCCUCAAUAGCGGAGUAUGCGUCGAUGGUGAUGCUAGUCACUCAUGCAACUGUCUUGCUGGUUUUACUGGAGUCGUAUGUCAGACUAACAUAAACGAGUGUGCUUCCAAUCCUUGUCAAAAUCAAGGUGUUUGCGUUGAUCAAGCAAAUAGAUAUGCUUGUGCAUGUGUAGCGGGUUACACUGGAGUUAACUGUCAAACAAAUAUCAAUGAAUGUUCAUCUAACCCAUGUCAGAAUGGUGCAACCUGUAUCGAUCGUGUCAACCGGUUCAUUUGUGAGUGUCUAGACGGCUUCUCUGGUACCCUUUGUGAAAUCAAUGAUAAUAACUGUGCAUCCAAUCCGUGUCAGAAUGGUGGACAAUGUGUGGAUGGAGUGAAUCGAUACACAUGUGACUGUAUACCUGGGUUCAUUGGACUAAGGUGUGAAACAGAUAUCAAUGAAUGUGCAUCCAAUCCAUGCCAGAAUGGUGGACAGUGUCUAAAUCUCAUCAACAGGUAUGAAUGUAACUGUCCUGCAGGAUAUGAUGGCAUAAACUGUCAGAUCAACAUCAAUGAAUGUGCAUCAAACCCGUGUGUUCAAGGCACUUGUACAGACCUUGUAAAUGGUUUUGUCUGCACUUGUUUUGCAGGAUCUACUGGAACCUUGUGUGAUGGUAUUAUCAAUGAAUGUUCAUCUAACCCAUGUCAGAAUGGUGCAACCUGUAUUGAUCGUGUCAACCGGUUCAUUUGUGAGUGUCUAGACGGCUUUGCUGGUACCCUUUGUGAAAUCAAUAUCAAUGACUGCGCAUCCAAUCCGUGUCAAAAUGGUGGAAGAUGUGUAGAUGGAGUGAAUCGAUACACAUGUGACUGUAUACCUGGAUUCAUUGGGAUAAGGUGUGAAACAGAUAUCAAUGAAUGUGCAUCCAAUCCAUGCCAGAAUGGUGGACAAUGUCUAAAUCUCAUCAACAGGUAUGAAUGUAACUGUCCUGCAGGAUAUGAUGGCAUAAACUGUCAGAUCAACAUCAAUGAAUGUGCAUCAAACCCGUGUGUUCAAGGCACUUGUACAGACCUUGUAAAUGGUUUCCUAUGCACUUGCUUUGCAGGAUCUACUGGAACCUUGUGUGAUGGUAUUAUCAAUGAAUGUUCAUCUAACCCAUGUCAGAAUGGUGCAACCUGUAUUGAUCGUGUCAACCGGUUCAUUUGUGAGUGUCUAGACGGCUUUGCUGGUACCCUUUGUGAAAUCAAUAUCAAUGACUGCGCAUCCAAUCCGUGUCAAAAUGGUGGAAGAUGUGUAGAUGGAGUGAAUCGAUACACAUGUGACUGUAUACCUGGAUUCAUUGGGAUAAGGUGUGAAACAGAUAUCAAUGAAUGUGCAUCCAAUCCAUGCGAGAAUGGUGGACAAUGUCUAAAUCUCAUCAACAGGUAUGAAUGUAACUGUCCUGCAGGAUAUGAUGGCAUAAACUGUCAGAUCAACAUCAAUGAAUGUGCAUCAAACCCGUGUGUUCAAGGCUCUUGUAGAGACCUUGUAAAUGGUUUCCUAUGCACUUGUUUUGCAGGAUAUACUGGAACCUUGUGUGAUAUUAAUAUCAAUGAAUGUACAUCUAACCCAUGUCGGAAUGGUGCAACCUGUAUUGAUCGUGUCAACCGGUUCAUUUGUGAGUGUCUAGAUGGCUUCUCUGGUGAUCUUUGUCAAACCAAUGACAACGACUGCUUAUCCAAUCCGUGUCAGAAUGGUGGACAAUGUAUAGAUGAUGUGAAUCGAUACACAUGUGACUGUAUACCUGGCUUCAUUGGAAUACACUGUGAGACAAACGUUAAUGAAUGCGCAUCCAAUCCAUGCCAGAAUGGUGGACAAUGUGAUGAUGGAAUCAACAGGUAUGAUUGUCGCUGUUUGCCAGGAUAUGGAGGAAUCAACUGUGAAACAAACAUCAUAGAAUGUGCAUCCAAUCCUUGUAUGAAUUUAGGUGCUUGCAUUGAUGUUGUCAAUGGCUAUAGAUGUCAAUGUCGACCAGGAUUCACUGGAACAAUUUGUCAAACCAAUAUUAAUGAGUGUAGUUCUAGUCCAUGCCAAAAUGGAGGCAGCUGUGUAGAUCGAGUUAACAGGUUCAUCUGUGAAUGUGUCGAGGGCUUUACUGGAACUCUGUGUGAAACUAAUAUUGAUGACUGUGCAUCUAGUCCGUGUCAGAACGGUGGACAAUGUAUAGAUGGAAUAACCCGAUACACGUGUCAGUGUAUACCUGGCUUCAUUGGAAUACACUGUGAGACAAAUGUUGAUGAAUGUGAAUCCAAUCCAUGCCAGAAUAGUGGGCAAUGUAUUGAUCUUAUUAACCGAUAUCAGUGUGCUUGCGCUGCAGGAUUCACUGGCAUCAACUGUCAAACAAACAUUAAUGAAUGUGAAUCUAAUCCUUGCCAGAAUCAAGGGGUAUGCGUGGACAACAUCAAUAGUUUUACCUGCGUAUGUGUACCAGGAUUUACGGGAGUUUUGUGUCAAACCAAUAUCAACGAGUGUGUCUCUAGUCCAUGCCGAAAUGGAGGCAGCUGUGUAGAUCGAGUUAACAGGUUCAUCUGUGAAUGUGUCGAGGGCUUUACUGGAACUCUAUGUGAAACUAAUAUUGAUGACUGUGCAUCUAGUCCGUGUCAGAACGGUGGACAAUGUAUUGAUGGAAUAACUCGAUACACGUGUCAGUGUAUACCUGGCUUCAUUGGGAUACACUGUGAGACAAAUGUUGAUGAAUGCAGAUCCAAUCCAUGCCAGAAUAGUGGGCAAUGUAUUGAUCUUAUUAACCGAUAUCAGUGUGCUUGUGCUGCAGGAUAUACUGGCAUCAACUGUGAAACAAACAUUGAUGAAUGUGCAUCCAAUCCUUGCCAGAAUCAAGGGGUAUGCGUGGACAACAUCAAUAGUUUUACCUGCAUAUGUGUACCAGGAUUUACAGGAGUCUUGUGUCAGACCAAUAUAGAUGAAUGUGAAUCUAAUCCAUGCCAAAAUGGAGGCAGCUGUGUAGAUCGAAUUAACAGUUUCAUCUGUGAAUGUGUGUUGGGUUUCUCUGGAAUUCUUUGUGAAAUUAAUGAUGAUGACUGUCGUUCCAAUCCAUGUCAGAAUGGUGCAGAAUGUGUAGAUGGAUUUAGACAAUAUACUUGUACAUGUCUUGACGGGUACACUGGAGUACACUGUGAGACAGAUAUUAAUGAAUGUCAAUCCAAUCCAUGCCAGAAUGGUGGACAAUGUGACGAUGGGAUCAACAGGUAUGAUUGUCACUGUUUGGCAGGAUUUACUGGCACUAACUGUGAAACAAACAUCGAUGAAUGUGAAUCUGAUCCUUGCCAGCAUCAAGGUGUGUGCAUCGAUCGAGUAAACCGAUUUGAAUGUGUUUGUGUUCCCGGAUACACUGGAGUAGUUUGCGAGACAGAUAUCAACGAGUGUGAAUCCACUCCUUGCAGGAAUGGUGCAACUUGUGUAGAUCGAGUCAACCGCUUCAUUUGUGAAUGUCUAGACGGGUUCACUGGCACUCUAUGUCAGACAAACAUCGAUGAGUGUGCUUCCAACCCUUGUCAGAAUGGUGGAGUAUGCAAUGACGAAAUAAAUAGAUACACAUGCCAGUGUAUUGCUGGGUUUACUGGGAUACAUUGUGAGACAAACAUCGAUGAGUGUGCAUCCAAUCCAUGUCAGCAUGGUGGACGUUGUUUUGAUGGUAUCAACAUGUACACAUGCCAAUGCCUUCCAGGAUAUACAGGCAUCCAUUGUGAGACUGAUAUUGAUGAAUGCGCAUCAAAUCCAUGUCGGAACGGUGGUCGUUGUAAUGAUCACGUUAAUGCCUUUAGUUGUACAUGCCCGAAUGGUUACACAGGAACAAUCUGCGAAACCAACAUUGACGAGUGUCUUUCUAGACCAUGUCAGCAUGGAGGCAACUGUGUAGACUUAGUAAAUGGAUAUCUGUGUCAAUGUACUCCAGGCUACACAGGCACACAUUGUGAAACCGACAUCGAUGAAUGCUCAUCAAGCCCAUGCCACAACGGUGCAUCUUGUGUUGACCGUGUGAAUCAUUACAUAUGUGAAUGUAUUGUUGGCUUUACUGGCACACAUUGUGAAACAGACAUUAACGAAUGUCUUUCCUUCCCUUGUCAGAAUGGUGGCCUUUGCCGCGACCAUAUCAACCGCUUUACGUGUCAAUGUGUGCCUGGGUUCACAGGAACAUUAUGUGAAACUGAUAUUAACGAAUGCGAAUCAUCUCCAUGCCAGAAUUUAGGUGUGUGCGUCGACAUGAUAAAUGAGUAUAGGUGUGACUGUUUACCUGGCUAUACCGGAGUUCAUUGUCAGACUGAUAUCGAUGAGUGUGCCUCAUCACCAUGUCAGAAUGGUGGAACGUGUAUAGACAGGGUUAAUCAUUUCAUUUGUGAAUGCCUGCUAGGCUUUACUGGUGUACACUGUCAGACAAACAUCGACGACUGUGCUUCCAACCCAUGUCAAAAUAAUGCUAUAUGUUUAGAUGGAAUCAAUCGUUAUGACUGUCGAUGUGUACCAGGUUUCACUGGGCUUCACUGUGAGCGAAAUGUGCCAGAAUGUGCUUCUAAUCCGUGUCAGAAUGGUGGUACAUGUGAGGAACCAAGCAUUAACCAUCAUAUAUGUCACUGCCCACCGGGUUUUACAGGAGAGCUGUGUGAGACUAACAUUAACGAAUGCGCAUCCAAUCCCUGCAUGAAUGGUGGCACAUGUAUUGAUCGUGACAACGGUUAUCUGUGCGAGUGUCUUUUUCGGUUCCGUGGUACUCAUUGUGAGAUUAUCAUUGACGCAUGCGGUCUCUUCACACCAUGUAUGAACGACGGCACGUGCACCAAUAUACCGACGGCCAUUGGUGAUAUGGGCAUCGUCGACUUCAACGAUCCUCCCAGAAAUGGAGUCGAUAUUCAUGAUGCAUACAGUUGUACCUGUACAGAUCGAUAUACUGGAAGAGUGUGUGAGACAUUUAUUCCUGUUCCUCCACCACCUCCACUGGUUCCUCCUGCUCCUGGACGCGUGCUUGCUCCACCUCCACCACUUGUGCCUCCUCCACCGGGCAGAAUUCUUGGACCACCACCACCAUUGCCUCCUCCAGCUCCAGCUGCAAUACUCGGACCUCCACCUCCACUCGUUCCUCCUCCACCUAUCGACAGAUUUGAUUGUAGCAGACAACCGUGUGAGAACGGAGGAGCUUGUGUUGAUGUCGGAAGUGUGGAGAAUUCAUACUGCUCGUGUCCAUUCGGAUUUGGCGGACAACGCUGCGAAAAUGAUGUCGACAUCACUGUAGCAGGGUUUGGAAACACAGUCGAUUCAUAUGUUCAAGUGUCUGGAACCUUGACCAGAACUGCAGAUGAUUCUGUUAUUAUCUCAGUGAAACCUCUAAGCAGUAAUGGGCUUGUUUUCUUGAUGAUUCAAAAUCUAAAUGGUGUCGGUGACUUUAUUUCUCUAACCUUGGUUAAUGAUAAGCCAGUGUACAAGUUUGAUGUUGGAAGCGGUAGCGUGACUAUAGCCAGUCCACAGACUAUUCCACUUGGUGUCUUUACAAAUAUCGAACUAAGACGCAAUGGUGUCGUAGGUGAACUAUUGAUUGAUGGGGUGGUAGUUGCAUCUGGGACAGCACCCGGAAGCCACGAUAUUGCCGAUGUCAUGGAUGAUUUCUAUUUGGGAGGUGUUCCUAAUCCAUCUGGUAUCAUCAAUGCAGAAAUCAGUCCACGUACUGGCUUUGUUGGCUGUAUUCGCUCUGUCAGUCUGGAUGGCACUGAAUUUGACAUCAGUCAACGUGCUACUGCCGGUAGCAACGUUGGUGAAUGUCCUGCCGAUUCUUGUUCUCCCAAUCCUUGUAAGAACGGCGGUAGCUGUACUAGAAUUGGACCACACUUGUCUGACUUCGAGUGCACUUGCCUUAAUGGAUAUAGCGGCCCAACGUGUGAGAUCGUGUCUAAUGUGUGCCUGGGGACUUCACCAUGUAUGCACGGAGGAGAAUGUCGUGUGGACAGCAGCGCCACUGCAGGGUAUCGUUGCAUCUGCACUGCCACCCACUCUGGUCCACAAUGUGAAACACCGGUCGGAGAUACAAAAUCUGAUUACUCUUAUGCUGGAGAUUCGUAUGUUGCUUGGAAUGUGGACCCUGCCGAUGUCGACGUUACAACGGUCAUCAACCUCCGAGUGUACCCCAACCAAGACAAAUCUGACGGAUUAUUAGCACUGUUCAUACGCCCUUCUGUUGACUUUUUAGCUAUCACUGUCGAUGACGGAUUUGUAAGAGUUCGUAUGGAUCUCGGACAAGGAGAGAUUUCUCUCACCAGCAGUUCACGUUUACCAGCUAAUCUGUAUUCCAUGAUUACAGUAAAUCGAAACGGUCGAAAUAUUGACCUGACCGUGUCUGGUGCCAGCACGGUAUCAGGUGCAUCACCGGGAUCGUUUUCAAGCCUCAAUGUCAACAAUCGUUUCUAUGUUGGUGGUGUGCCAUCGUCGGUAGGCCCGACUCUGCCAUCUAUACUUGCCGGAAUCUCAGGGUUUAUGGGUUGCAUCACUGAAGUAACUGUUAAUGGAAACUUCCUCAACUCAACCGAUUUGUUAUCAAGUUAUAAUGCAAAAGAUUGCACUGUCAAUCUGUGUAAUCCUAGUCCAUGUGAAAACGGCGGCACGUGUUCAGCAACUGGUAACUCGGUGUUUUGCGCUUGCUCACAAGGAUAUUCUGGGCCACGCUGUGCAAGUGAUGAUGAUCCAUGCUUAACAGUCAACUGUGGAUCCGGUGCUACAUGUGUGCCACUGGGCAAUACGGCAGUCUGCGCAUGUCCUCUUGGCAAAGGAGGUGAACAAUGCGACCAAGAUAUUGCGAUCCAAACGAUGUCAUUCAGAGAUAAUCUCACAUCUUUUGCUGCCUUUCCUUCACUUGGAAGUGACACUCGUUCGACAACAACGAUAACAAUGUCCAUCAAGCCUUUAGAAAAGGAUGGCCUUAUCUUCUAUGCGGGUCGCAAGACGACACCUCCUUUCACUGAUUACAUCUCAGUCGGUCUAUAUGAUGGAUACGUUGAGUUCCGUUAUGAUUUGGGAUCGGGAACAGUCGAGAUUAAGAGUACCGAACGACUCGUUUUGUAUCAAUGGCAUACCAUUCGUGCGGAAAGAAAUCUGAAGAACGGACUGUUGACGAUUGAUGGUGGAUCAGCAGUAAGUGGUGCAAGCCCUGGUUCGACGACACUGCUUGAUGUACACGAGAACAACCUUGACGCUUACCUUGGUGGUCACGAAGACUAUACUAAAGUUGCUAGUGAUGCCGGUCUCACAAGUGGCUUCACUGGAUGCAUCAAAGAUGCCAACGUUAACGGCCGUGUCUUGGACUUUUCUACGGCAACUCGUGGUCGAAGCAUUGCCGAAUGCGACCAGCACCAAUGUGAUCGCCUCACUUGCCUCAAUGGAGGAACUUGUACUGAUGUAGACGGUCAGGGUAACUUCAAGUGCUCUUGCUCUCAUGGCUUCAAAGGAGACAACUGCCAGCAAAUGAUUGCCAACAAUUGCACUAUUGGUAAUGAUAUGUGUCACUCAAGCAGCCAGUGUGUGUUCAACUAUAAAACUGAGAAGUAUGAGUGCUUCUGUCCUCUUGUUCCCAAUCCACAAAGAGGACAAUUUUGUACUGAAGUCACUAACUUCAAAGUCGCCAAGUUUAAUGGCAACAGCUAUGCAGCCUAUAAUUAUCCUGCUCGUACGGCUCAGACCAUCAUCAAAUUCAAUCUCUCCUCUCAAGCUACUAAUGGACUUGUUUUCUAUCUCCCACCCGGUACAGGUGGUGAUUACCUAUCCAUCGGCAUUAUUAAUGGACACGUCGAACUGAGGUACGAUCUCGGCACUGGUGCUGCAAAAAUAACUAACAACCAAGUGAACGUCACUGGUAGUCACGGAUCGUGGCAUACAGUAUCUGCUUUCAGGGAACAACAGUCGGGUACUCUAAUUGUUGAUACACAGACUGCCACCGGCUCUUCUCUGGGCUCCGCAAUUGGUCUGACUGCUUCAUCGGGUCAGAUGUACGUUGGUGGUAUUGCUGUGAGUACAGCUGACUUGUCUGAGUAUCGAGACAUCUUGGACGGAGACUUCAAGAUGGGUCUCGUUGGCUGUAUCGCUAAUCUGGAGGUCAACGAUGUGUCUAUUGACCUGGAAAAGAUGGCACAGAGUGGUGCUAAUGUCGAGAGCUGUGAUGACUACUUCCCUGGCUGAUGAGUGAAAGUAGUGCAAUUGACGAUUGACUUUGUUCUCAUUCUUAGUUGUAGUCUGCUGCAUGCGUGUGUUGGCUUUGUUCUGCUGUCUGUUUUGAGUUGAAAUUUCUGCAUGCCGUUUAGCUUUAUGAUUCGGCUCUAACGCCGCUGAUUGCUCUUUUAGCGUCGCUUCUAAUCACUGAGUAGUAGUAUAGCUGCCGAGUACAAUUGUUAGAGGGAAAUAAAAUGAAAACUUGCUUGUUGUGA